AUGUUCGGAUUCCGAACAGCGUCUACUAUAAAUCCACAGACAGGCUUCGUUACUCUCUCUUUCUUUCCAAAACGCCUACCAAAAUACGGCGGCGGACCCCCACAGUCGAACUACGAGAUGGAUUUCUCCCGCCUCCAGGCUAUUAUAUCCGAAUUCAACUCUACAAACAACAAUGCAACCAGCACAAGCGUGCCAUCAACAGUACUAGAGAUGUUUGUUCCAGGCUACAGCACAAUCGCUCAACUAACAUUCCGCUAUCUGGGUUUCGACAUCGGCGUCUUUGUCACGGGAUGGCUUGUCCUCUUUGGCCUGUAUCACGGAGCCAUCUUUACUUACGGCCGAGCUUACGACUAUUUCACCGUCUACUACACGUCGUCCGUCGUUAUUGACAAAUCCGAUAUCCUGUACGACCACGUCAUGAGCUGGAUAGCGGUGCAGCACCUGACGACAUCUAGUAGACGUCUGACUGCAGCUACCCGCCACGUUCGCGGAAUCGAAGACGCAGAUGAUAGUGACGACGGAUUGGAUGAAUAUGGAAUUUUCAAUAAUGUGAAGUGGGCGGGCAACAUACCACCAGUAUAUCAGCCCAGUUUCGAUGACUACAACUUUUAUCACCAGGGUCGAUGGUUUAGUUUUGCGCGUGUCAAGAAGGAGCAGACCCGUGGACGGAGAGACAGUUACGAUAAGCAGGUUGUACUGUGCUGCAGGGGGAGGGGAACUGAGCCUAUUAAGCAACUGCUUAUCUACGUCAAAAGGUGGAGUCUUAACAAGGCAAGUACAACUACAUCGAUUUAUCAAGCUCCAAAUCAAAACGGUCGCGGGGAGCGGUACUGGAGACGUAGGAUCGUUGCGGAUAUCAACGAGUAUCUCAACCCUGCCACGGCGCGUUGGUAUGCCGCACGUGGCAUCCCUCAUCGCCGUGGCUAUCUCUUCCAUGGGCCACCAGGAACAGGGAAAACAUCGCUUUCUUUUGCUCUAGCUGGCAUAUUCGGUCUGGAUGUGUACUGCCUCUCUCUCAACGACGGCAUCACCGAGUCCGAGCUGAGUUCCUUACUCAACGAACUUCCUCGUCGAUGUUUCCUUCUCCUUGAAGACAUCGACGCUGCGGGUAUUCGGCGUGAGGGUCUUGCAUCUCCCGUUCUAGCUACCGAUGAUACCACAGUUGUUCUUGAGGCACACAAGAUUGGAACACAGGACAAGCCAGGUAUUACACCAUCGAAAGCUCAUAGUAUUCUUGCGUGGCCUCUGAUACUAGUUAGGUUGCCCUUCAGUCUCUUCACCCGGUUUGCGAAGCAGGAGGAGCCAGUAAAGGACCCCGCACUUCCAGAAUCUCCAAAAAAGUCUGCGCAUAAGGCAGUGGCGAACGUAGCCGAAAAGUCACUUUCAGAAGCAACGGAUAAGCCAGUUUCAACAGAAGUCUCAAGAGGAAGUUUGGGCUCCAUAAGUCUAAGUGGACUGCUCAAUGUCAUCGAUGGUGCCGCUUCCCAUGAGGGUCAUGUGCUCAUCAUGACUACCAAUACACCAGACAAGCUGGAUGACGCUUUAACCCGACCGGGUCGCGUUGAUCUCUAG